GUCCUCUAUAUAAAAGCCCCAUUCUCAACUCUUACAUCUAAUUAACGCUCAGUACCUAGGGUUUUCUUUCUUUGUUUUUCUACCCAUGGCAGACGAAUCGCAGUACUCUUCGGGUACAGACAACACUCCCAUCGUCUCCAAUAAGCGCAAAUAUGAUGACCAGACCCCGCCGUCGUCAACGCGACGACCUACUGGCUUCUCAUCCCCAGACUCCACUCACGCCCCGCCGUCUUACAACACCGUGCCUCCGCCUACCGAUGAGAUCCAGAUGGCCAAACAGAAAGCUCAGGAAAUAGCCGCUCGCCUAUUGAGCGGAGCCGGUGCUGAUGUUAAGCGCCCUAGGGUUGAGAAUGGUGCUUCUGGCUUCGAUUCCAGUGACAAGGGUUUUAGCUCUGCUCCUAAUGAUAUGAAGUCUAUGUCAAACUCAGCCCCUUCUGCAAUUACUGUUUCAUAUGCUUCAUAUAUGGGAGGCUCUAGCAAAAAAAUUGAUAUUCCAAAUGGUAGGGUAGGUGUUAUCAUUGGAAAAGGUGGAGAGACAAUUAAAUAUCUUCAGCUUCAGUCUGGAGCAAAGAUUCAGGUUACUCGAGAUAUGGAUGCAGACCCGAAUUCCCCUACUAGGACGGUAGAGCUCAUGGGUACUCCUGAACAAAUUGCAAAGGCAGAACAGUUGAUUAAUGAAGUUCUUGAAGAGGCUGAUGCAGGAGGUUCUGGCACUGUUUCUAGAAGGUUCACAGGACAAGGCGGUUCUGAACAUUUUGUAAUGAAAAUUGCUAGUAACAAGGUUGGUCUGGUAAUUGGUAAAGGUGGUGAAACAAUCAAGAACAUGCAAACUAGGACUGGAGCUCGGAUUCAGGUGAUACCAUUGCAUUUACCCCCAGGUGAUACAUCAACAGAAAGGAAUGUGCAUAUAGAGGGGACUAGUGAACAGAUUGAACUUGCUAAACAGUUGGUUCUUGAAGUUACAAGUGAGAAUCGUGCUAGGAAUCCAUCAAUGGCUGGAGGGUAUCCACAGCAAGGAUAUCAAACUCGACCGCCAAGCAAUUGGGGGCCACCUGGAGCUAAUCCAGUGCAGCAACCUGGUUAUGGCUACAUGCAGCCAGGAGCUUACCCCGGCCCACCACCUCAGUAUAAUAUGUCCCAGCAACCUUAUGCAGGAUAUCCUCCCCAACCAUCAUCUGGUGGAUAUCCAUCCAACUGGGAUCAGUCAAAUGUCUCUGCCAAUCAGCAAACUGGUCAGGGUUAUGAUUACUAUAAUCAGCCAGCUUCUUCACAACCACCACCAACCUCUGGUGGUCCUGCAGCUCCAGCAGAUAACACUGGUUAUAAUUACAGUCAGCCACCAACUUCUGGUUUUAAUCAGCAAGGACAAAGUUAUGAUGGCUAUGGUGGAUAUACUCAAUCAGGUUAUGGUCAACCACCACCAUAUGAUCAACAGCAAGGUUAUACCUCUGCUCCCAGUUAUGGUAAUGUAGGCAGUGCUACUCAGGAAGGGCACACUUCCUCCUAUGGAACCCAAGGGGACUCGACCCAAGCACCAACUCAUCCCCCUGCAAUGGGUCAGCAAGGUUAUACUACUGGACAACAGCCUAGCCCAAACCCAUCUAGUUAUCCACCUCAAGGAUCCACCCAGCCAGGAUAUGCCCAACCCGGUUAUGGGAGUCAACCACCAGCUCAGCCUGGAUAUGGGUCCAACUAUGGACCACCACAAGCUCAGAAACCUCCAGCCAAUCCCUCUGUUUAUGGUCAGACACAACAAUCACCUAGCACUCCUGGAGGUUAUGGCCAGCCUGCCUCUGUGCAGCCUGGAUACCCACAUUCUCAGCCUCUGCCAUCUGGCUAUUCCCAACCAGAUUCAGGUCCACAGCGACUGCCACCAUCUGGGUUUGGUGCUUCAGGUGCUCAACCAGGGUAUGGUCCGCCUUAUGGUUCGGCAACAGCUGGUCAAACAGGUUAUGGACAGGGGAUGCAACCUUACAACACUUCUUAUGGUGGUGGAUAUUCUCAGCCUGCAGCAUAUCCUGCAGAUGGCAAUGCUGGCAAUAAUGCUCGUUCGACUUAUGAUUCUUCAGCAGCAUCACAGCCUGUUCAACAGAGUGGAGUUGCAAAAACAUCGCCACAAACUUAAGAUGGUGGUGGUUGUUUGAUGUUUUAUGUAUUCCUGCUGUUAGUUGUAGUUCGGAUUUAUAGUGUGAAGACUUGAUUUCCUUAAGAUGUCUUAGGACAUGCUAGUUUUUUUUUUUUUUUUUUAAAUGUUGCAAUUUUAAUUUUUUGUUGUUAAUUUGCAGGUUGAGUACUAUUUGUCAUGCUUUUCUGUCCUGCAUCGCAUUUGAACAUUUCUGGUUGCAACUUAUUUCAUAAAUUUGUUUUAAGAGUUCA